CGCAUUCAGUUUGUAAACAAAUUUUGUGCAAAUUGCAAGUGUUUCGCUCGAAUUGCUCAAAUUUCUCUAUUAAAAUCUGGAUUGACCUCGCAAAUAGGGUCUUUGGGAAAAAGUGCUUAGUGAAAUGUUAUAAUAAUCGGUACAUAAUGAUGUUAGUGUAGAUAAAACAAGCAAUUCCUUCUAAAAUUACGAGUAUUCAAUUUGCUGACCGCAACCAUGGGUCGCAUUCGCUGGAGACUGAAAGAAUUUCCGAAAAAACUUCUCGAUUCCAUUCGCUUCCGCUGCCAGUAUUCGAUGCAAUGUCUCCGUUCCCUCACCUACAACCACCACAUGAGCCAAUCCUACGCCUCGGAUGUGGGCCUGGAACCAAUCUUCUGGUUCGUGGACAACUUCACCCAUCUUCUGGGACCGUUCUUUGUAUUUGCCGUGGUUUGUCUGACCGCGGCGGUCGUGAUAAUCUGCUACUGGGUCGGCCUUCCGUACUGGUGGAACAAGAGCCAGAACACGACCUACUUUCUCAUGCUGGUGGGCCACUGGUUGCUGUGGAAUGUGGCUUACAAUUUCUACAAAGCUGCGGCCACAUCGCCCGGGUAUCCACCGGAGAGAGAGCUAAUAGUUGAGGCUGUGAGUAUCUGUAAGAAAUGUAUUGCCCCAAAGCCGCCGAGAACGCAUCACUGCUCGGUGUGCAACAAGUGCGUGCUGAAAAUGGAUCAUCACUGUCCAUGGCUCAACAACUGCGUUGGGUACGGCAACCAUCGGUACUUCUUCCUGUACAUGCUGUACACCUCGGUCGGUGUGUUGUUCAUCAUAUGUUUUGGCUUUGAGCUGGGGUGGAACGUUCUUUUCGGCGAUGGUGCCGGUUGGAACGAGGUCGAACCGCUGCACGGCCAUCCGGUGCGAUUCAAUCUCUCCGGGCACAUCAUUCCAGUGACCGAAAUGAACGACUACAUCGACGACGGGUUGGUUCCGGCCCAGCACGACCUGCCCGUGCCGCAGGACUACAGCAGCAACGCGGCGAAACAUCGCGCAAUCGUGUUCAUGGCGCUGAUCAACGUGGCCACUCUGUUUGCGUUGGGUGCUCUUACGGCGUGGCACAGUUCGUUGAUAACGCGCGGGGAAACGAGCAUCGAGGCGCACAUAAACAAGUCCGAAACGAAGCGACUUGCGGCGCUCGGGAAGACGUACCAGAAUCCGUACGAUUUUGGUCCCAAGCGGAACUGGAAGCUGUUUUUGGGACUUGUACGAAAGCGAACUUGGUGGUGGAAUGUGCUGCUACCGUCGGGACAUAAACCGGAAGGGAACGGACUCACUUGGCUGACAGUUAACGAUUUCAGGGCGAUCGAUGGCGAAGAUGAGUGGCCCUAAGCUUGAGUGUGUCUGUUCGUGUGAUAUUCUUAUCAGGAAAAUAAGCUCCAAACCCAAACUAGUCGGAAUUAAGUGGUACCAGCAAAUCAACGCAUUUCCCAGUAUAAUUUGUAACUUAAAAGUAAACAGCUUAAGAUUCCA